UUGAAAUGUCACGAAAAAAUGAUCAUCAUCAUCAUCAUCAUCAUCAUGAUCAUCGACGACCAUUCGAUACGAUCACUGGUGGACAUUAUGGUGGUGGUGGUGGUGGUGGACGUAUGUUUUGUAUAUCGGUUGUUGGAUUAUCUGGUACUGAAAAAGAAAAAGGCUGUCUCGGUGUUGGUAAAUCAUGUCUUUGUAAUCGAUUUAUACGGCCACAAGCUGAUGAAUAUAAUCGUGAUCAUAUAUCGAUAUUAUCACAGCCAGAUUUUAGUGGACCAAUUGUCAACAAUGAACAUUGGUUAUAUUGGGGUGAAACAAGAAAAUGCACCGAUGAAGGUUUUGAAUUAACAUUCAGUAUUGUAGAACAGACUGAAUUUGUUGAUGAUGCUUGUUUUCAGCCAUUUCGUUCGGGCAAAACAAUCGAAUUAUAUCAUAAACGUUGUGCAGCUACCAGAUUGAAUUCAGCGGAAAAAUUAAUGUACAUCUGUAAGAAUCAAUUAGGUAUUGAAAAAGAAUAUGAACAACAUUAUCUACCUGAUGGUAAAUUCAAUGUUGAUGGAUUUAUCUGUGUAUUUGAUGUCAGUCAAAUUCAAGGCCGUACCAUUGAAAGACAAAUCGAAUUGACGGCAUUAAUAUUGAAUUCAUUACUGAAAACAAAAAAACCAGUUGUAUUGGCAAACAAAAAUGAUGAAUAUUCUGAACGUUAUGUACGUGAAGCAGAAAAACUAGUCAAUCGACGUGAAUUCAAAGGAUUAAUACCACUAGUCGAAACAAGUGCUCAUGAUAAUGUUAAUGUUGAUAUGGCAUUCUGGGCCUGUGUACAACGUGAUUGGACCAAAGGUAAAACAAAAAUUCUUUCAUAUCAUGAAGCAUUCCAAAGACAACAGGAUCGCCUAGAAAUUGUCAAUGAUGCCUAUUUAACAUUAAUCAAAUCAAAUAUAACCGAUUAUCGUAUCCAUUGGAAUAAUACUUAUUCAAAUCUAUCGCAAAGUCAAGAUUUUAUUACUUAUUGUGAUCUAUUUGGACAGGAAAGUGCUCAACAAACAUUUAAAAGACAUGUUAAAAAAUUAAAAGAAGAAUAUGUUUGCCGUAAAAUUGACAUGUAUCUAAGACGUUUACCAAAAUUAUUUAGUGAAAUGUUACCAGAUCUAGAAAGUUUUGGUCAUGAUCGUAGCUGGUUAGCUGUACAACAAAUUCUUCAUCAACAUCCAUUGUUUGAUAAUAAUUUUGUGCUCAAUGAAAGUCUUUCAUGGCAAGAAAUGGAUGAUACAAAUGAAACACGUAUACCAUUUGAUUUAUUACAAACACCUGAAGCAGAAAAAUCAUAUCUAGAUCAUUUGGCAACAUUAUUGGCUGAAGACCAUUUACGUAGUCUUCGUUAUCAAUUUAGUGAAUUACUACGGGAAACAUCAGUGGUGCCUGGACAACCGCUCAGAGAAAUUCGUGAUCAAUUAAAAGGUCGUGAAUGUGUUGAAUCAUUACCAGAAUCAGAAUUGAAAUUAAUUUAUGAUGAAUAUCAAAAAAUACUACAACAAGAUGCUCGUGAUCAAUUGAAUGAAUUAUUUCUGGAAAGAGUAUCAUUAUUUUUACAAUUCUCUACCGGUAAAACAUUGACACAAGAAGAUUUGGCCGCUAUAUCACAUGAAUUAUCCAAAGAUGACCGAUGGCUAACAUUAGAUUUGAUUCCACAGGAUCGUCAACUAGCAUUAAUACGACAUCUUGGCUUUCUACAAUGGCCAAUUAAAGAACAUUGUUCAGCUGGACAAACUUGUGUGGAUUUAAAUAUCGAAGCUUAUCAUGCUUCAUUGGCCAAACGUAAUCCUCGGAAUUUAUUUUGGAAUCAUGAUUUAGAAAAAAUUCAAAUCAAAUUCAUUGUAUUUGGUUCAUCGACAUAUGCUGAUAAUUUAGCCACUGUGGUUAAAGCAAUGUGUCCUUCACUUGAACAAGAAAAUCCUCGAGUCCAUUAUGAAAUGGAAACAAUGCCAAGUAAUGAAUCAUCAAACAUUAUUACCAUUCGUCCAUUUGCCAAUCCAUUACAAUCGGAAGCUUAUCUUUGUGUAUAUUCUUCACGUGCAUCAUUAGAUUUUUUAUUUAAAACAUUAGAACAUUCAUUAUUAGCCGAUUUACAAUAUGGUAAUCUUCAUCCAACUGGUCUUCCUUUAGUACUAUUAUUAGCUUGUACUCCUGAUACAUCGGCCAAAGAACGAAACUAUCUACGUGAAGAAGGCGCUAAUCGUUCACAAUGUUUACAAUGUGCAUUUUUUGAUGUCACCAGUAAUGAACCACAUGCAAGAUUUAAAUCAGAUGAACUAUUACGAGCAUUAAUUUUCUUAAGUGAAUCAUUAAUACGGCGAGCUGAAAUGAGCCAUAUUUAUGGCGGCCCGAAUAAUUCAUUACUAUCAAAUCAUUCCAUUCCAGAAGGUGCCUUGAAUCCAGAGAUUCGAAUACUAAUAUCGUUAAUGUGUGGUGAUCCAUUAUCACCUGCUCGUUUUCUCGAAUCAUUAAUUCUUAUGGAUGGUUUAGCAAAUUUAAAUUUCUAUCCAGUAUCCGAUCAUUCAUUUGUUACUGACAUUGGUUUUCUAUUAUCCAUUGAUGAUGAAAAUAAUGAUAAUAAUAAUCUAUCAUUGAAUCAACAUGAAAUACCAAGUUGUUAUGUUGAAUUUGUUGUCUCCUCUUAUCAUAGUUCAUAUACGAUCAAAGAAGAAUUAUUUUAUGGAAAUAUUCUAGUCUAUUGGUCAAAACGACAAGCUUCAUUUGCAAAUAUGUCAGCAUUGGCUUCGAUCACAGCUUCAUUGAUGCCCAUACAUAUUCUAGCAUUAGUUGAAAAUGAACUUAGACCUAGCAAACUUUCACAUCAAUUAGUGGCCAAAGGAAAAGAAUUGGCCGAUCAAUUACAGGCACAUUUUCGAAUCUCAACACUUGGUUCCGAAAUGGCAAAAUGUAUCUCAUCAUUUCUUAAUUAUUGUCUACAAAAUAAACAUCUUAUUGAAAAGAAUCUUCAAAUUGCAAACACCGCCACUACAAAUGUUGUUGGAAUUGAAAAUCAAUUCGAUCCACAAUCGUCGGCUGAUGAUUGUUUUAUUGGCACGAAUCCUGGUGAUGCAAAUUUUGAAUCAAUAAUUCAACAACAGACACAUUUGAAUGAUCAUUGUGAAUCACCAUCGAAAUUAUUAGCUGAUAGUAUUUAUGAAAAAUUACCUGAAGAUCAACAAUUGUCUAAAAUUCAUCAGCCAUCAUCAUCAUCAUCAACGAAUAAACUACAUUCUAAUGAAUAUCCAUCAUCAUUUCUAGUCAGACAUCGUGGUCACAAACACAUACGAAACGAUAUUCACCCGAUGAUAUUUUAGACAUCAUCAUCAUCAAUAGUAGCAAUACAAGAACAAAUGGAACAUAUACCACAUUUUUUGAAUCCUCUUUUUAAUGCAAAUGAAACAACAACAACAACAACAGCAAUACCAACAACGACGACGACAACAACAACAACAACUGGUGAACAUUUAUUGAAACCAUCUGAAAUGAUACGACAACGUAAACAACAUAUGAACAACAAUCAUAAUUACUAUAAUUUACAAUCAUAUCCAAGUGCUGAUUCAUUAGAUCGAAUCUAUGCAUUAGAUUCACAUUAUCAACAUUCACAUUAUUAUUUUGGUGAUGGUGAUGGUAGUAAUGUUCAUCAUCAUCAUCAUCAUCAUGUUGAUAAUAAUAAUGAUGACAAUGACAUAAUAACAAAUACAACGACACAUUUGCCAGCUCAUUAUGUUUAUCGUCCUUCAGUUCAACGUAGUCAUAUGAUUGCUAGUGAUGGUCAUAGUAAUUUUAUUGAUCGUACCAUUGAAUCAUUACCACCGAGGCCAGCAUCAUCGGCACAUGUUAUGAUACCAACAAAUCGUAAUCAUCAUCAUCAUCAUCAUCAUAAUCCACCACCUUAUUCACGAAUUGCUAUAUCACCACCGCCUGCUUAUAAAAUACAUGCCCAACAUUAUCAAUUUGAAAUGAAUAAUGAUGAUCUAGAUUCGAAUCAAUUAUAUUCAAAUUAUUAUCAUCAUCAUCAUCAUAAUGAAGAAGAACCACCGUUAGAACCAAAUACAUUAGCAUAUUAUCAAAGGAAAUAUUACCCACCACCAUUACCAUUACAACAGUCUCAAGUUCAUCAUCAUCAUCAUGAAUUAUAUUCAACAUUCCGAAUUCAUCAACAAUCAUCAUCAUCAUCAUCAUUUACUACAAAUUUUAAUGAUAAACAUCAUUCUACAGCCAAUCAUUCAAUUCUAAUGCCUAAUGAUGUUCAUACAAGAAAUUCUCAAUUAAUUUAUGCUACAACUGGCCGUCAUUUUCAUCCAUCACAACAACAACAACAACAAUUUUCUCGUUCACCUCAUUUUCAUUAUCAUCAACAACAAAAUAUUCUGAGAAAUAAAUCCGCAUUUCAAUCGACAACAACAUCAUCGGAAUUGUCGCAAUAUUUGGACGAUGAACGAUUAUCACUUCAUUGUAAAUUACAGAAUAAAAAAAAGAAAAAGAAACAUUCAUUCAAAACACGAUCAUCAUCUUUGUCACAUAGAAUGGCUACAGCCGAUGAAGAAGAUGAAGAUGACGACGAUGAUGAUAACCACGAUGAUGAUGAUGGACAUCAUCAAUCAUCCAAAUUAAUGUUUGAUAAUGGCAAAGAUAAAUCAUCAUCACGAUCAUUAUUGAAUAGAACAAGACAUCGUAAUCGUAAAACGGAUGAACGAUCAUUGAAUCGAUCAUCGAAAUUAUAUCGAGAUAUUGAUUCCAAAUCAAAUAAAGAUGUUAAUAAAACUAGAAGUAGUGGAAAUCUAAAUUCGUUAGAUGAUACAAAAACAUUGACUGGCAAUAAUGAUAAUUAUGAAUCGGAAAUGGCAAUGGUUCAAACAAAUAAUGUCAAUGAUGAUAUAAAUGAUGAUGAUGAAGAUAAUGAUAAUGAUGAUGUUGUCAUCGAUGAUGAAGAUGGUCAUGAAUCAUGUGUGUCAUCCGAUACUAGUAGUGCUGAUGAAAAUUUAAAUGCAACUGCAGAUAAAUUUGCCGUUAUAUCUGGAUGGGCUUAUCAUCAGAAUCAGAAUCAGAAUAAUAAUAAUAACCGAUCACCAACUAAUAUUGCUUCUAUUCAUAAUCGAUCAAUGUUAGAUCAAUGGCCACCACCAUCAUCAACAUCAUCAUCGUCGAUUGUACAGCAUGUUCCUACUACUACUAUUACUAAUAAUAAUAAUAACAAUGAUGAAAAUUCAACAUCUAGUGAACGGUCAAAGGCUCCUGGUAAAAUUGAUAUAAAGAAAUACAAUAAUCUUUCUGAUGCAAUUGGCCGAUUAAAUUUACAUUCACCCUUGGGACCAACUACUAGAUCAAGUCAUUCAACAUUUGAUGACUAUCGAAACCAAUGGCUAUAUUUGAUGAUUCAAGAAUUUUGCUUAAUAAACGGGAACGAAUUUCCAUUAAACAUUCAUUGUCUACUAAAGAUAACGAUUCUGAAAGUGAUGUUAGUGAUUCAACAAAUAAUAAUAAAUAUAAAUAAUGAACAACAAACAACAGAAAUGAUCAAUCUAAAUGAACGACUUAAAUUUAAUAGCUUAAAACAGCCAAGUACAAUUGGCCCAUUAAGACAGAAUAGUUCCAAUAAUAAUAAUAAUAGUGGUAGUAGUAGUAAUAAAAAGACACAGAAUAAAAAAUCUCGUCGAAUUACACCGGUACCGGUUGCACCACCACGUCUACCAUCAAGUGCAAAUAGUUCAAAUGCUGUAACGCCCACCAGUUCUGGUGUUGGUAAAUCAUUCACAUCGUUUAGUUCGUAUGAUGAUAAUAAUUCAAUCAUCAAUGAUAAUAAAUCACUUAAUAUAACAACAACAACAACAACAACAACAAUGGUUAACAGCGGCAGCAUUAAUAAUAAUAAUAAUAAUCAGGAUAAUACAUUCAUCGAUACAACAAAUGGUAAUGAUGGCAAAAUCAGUAUGGAUUCUGGUGAAUUACGGCGAACACGUUGGCAUCAAUUUUCCAAAUUAUUUUCAUUACCCGCCGAUAAUGAAUCCGGAAUCAGUAUCGAUGAUAAUAGUAUUGAUGCUGGUUCAGAAGAAACCAGCAUUAGUCAUAGUAUCAAUCCUGCUGCUGCUGCAAUCGCUGCAUCAAAAACCAGUGGCCAAAAUAGUAAUAAUAAUAAUAAUAAUAAUAGCAAUGGUGAAAAGGCAAAAUUCCUUAAAAGUAAAUCGAUUGGAACAUUUCCAGAACUUGAUAAGAAAUCCAUAAGAAAAAAAGAAAAAAUGGAAAGGAAAAAAAUGAAAGAAGAGGAAAGAAAACAACGUAAAAGUAUUAAAGAGAAUAAUAAUAAUUCAAGCCGUAAUCGUAGCCGAUCAAAAGGAACACAUUCAUCAUUGGAAGAUUUUGCUCAACAAAAUGGCAAUCCAGUGCCAUUGUUCAUUGAAAAAUGUAUACAGUUCAUCGAACAAGAGGGUCUUGAUAUGGAAGGAAUCUAUCGUGUUCCAGGCAAUCGUGCUCAUGUUGAUACACUUUUAUUGAAAUUUGAUGAAAAUCCCGAUAUAAAUAUUGCUGAUCUAGACAUUCCAGUCAAUGCCGUUGCAACAGCAUUGAAAGAUUUUUUUCUCAAACGUUUACCACCGAUUUUUCCAUCCGAUUCUAUGGCUAAUAUUGCCAAUCUAGCUAAACAAUAUACUGAUAUUGGACAGCUAUCUGAAAUGCGUACAUUUCUACGUGAAUUACCAAAUUCAAAUUUUGAAAUUCUUAAACAUAUGAUCUCACAUUUUGUCAAAAUCACAGAAAAAAGUUCAGAAAACAGUAUGGAUAGUAAAAAUUUAGCCAUUUGUUGGUGGCCAACAUUAUUACAAUUUGAAUUUACCAACAUGGAUCUAUUUGAACAAAAACGGCCACAUUUAAUGAAUUUUGUUCAAAUCAUGAUUGAUUCAUAUACAGAUCUAUUUCCAUUCAAUGCCGAUAGUGAAGAUAAUCUAGCCACAUUAUCCUGUUCAGCGGAUGAAUUAUCUUCAUUAUGAUUAAAAAUUUGAUUUAUCCAAUUAUACCCUCGAAAAAUAUCGUGAUUUCAACCACCACCACC